AUGCCAAGUAGCGGUCAGCCGCUGCGGAUAGUCCCUGCUCAGGAUGCUGCUUCAGAUGCAGGACAACAGUUGAUGCAUUCACUCAGGGAAAUUCAAAUGCAAAAUGCCAGCGGCUAUUUGAACGAACAUGACGUAGGUAGAGGAGAACAAGUGGUUUUUUUCUGGCUCGGUAACGUUAAUCGGCGACACUCUUUAUCAUCUGCAAGGCGCUACUGUAAUGUAACGCUACCGGACUGCUGA